AUGAUGCAGGCUGAAGAUGAGAUCAUUUUUUGUUUCUGCUGCCUUAAGGGAAUGGACUGCGCGUAUGAUUUGGAAGAACUAUGUCCAGUUUGCGGGGAUACAGUUUCCGGAUACCACUACGGUCUGCUAACCUGUGAAAGUUGUAAGGGUUUUUUCAAGAGAACGGUUCAAAACAAUAAGAGGUACAAUUGCGCAGAAAACCAAGAUUGCAAAAUUGACAAAACACAAAGGAAAAGAUGCCCAUUUUGUCGUUUUCAGAAAUGCAUCACUGUCGGAAUGAGAUUAGAAGCGGUGCGGGCAGAUCGCAUGCGGGGCGGCCGGAACCAGUUUGGCCCGAUGUACAAGCGGGACCGGGCCCUGAAGCAGCAGAAGAAGGCACAGUUCCAGGCCUCGGGCCUGAAACCGGAACCCAACCCUCUGCUGCCGAUCCCACCCCAAACCGAUUACAUGUUCCCCGCCAGCCCCCACUGCCUCUCCCCCACGCGCAAGGACCCGGCCCAGCCCCUCCCGGCCCCUCUGGGCUACAGCCCCUUCCCCGCGGCAGUCCCCGGCCCAUUACCUGCUCCGUACCAGUACGGCACGGGCUCUUUCCCCGACCGGGCCAUUAAGUCCGAGGUCUCCGACCCCUCCAGCUCUCCAGACUCCCUGGCGGGCUUUGGUUUCCAGGACGACGGCUGCCCGUCGGCGUCGCCGCGGCAACCCGGCGCGGUUGCCACGGCAGCGGGGCUGAUGCUGGAGCUGCUGCACUGUGAGCUGGACCAGGCCCAGGUGAGGGCUCGGAUCCUGGACCACCUGCAGCGGGAGCAGCUGGACCGGGCGGGUGCCUUCGUCCUCAUGUGCCGCAUGGCGGACCAGACCCUCUUCUCCGUGGUGGACUGGGCCCGGAGCUGCACCUUCUUCAAAGAGCUGAAGGUGGGGGAUCAGAUGAAGCUUUUGCAUAACUGCUGGAGUGAGCUGCUACUGCUGGAUCACAUCCACAGGCAGAUACAGCACUGCAAACAGGACAGCGUGCAGCUAGUGACCGGACAGGAGAUUGAAAUCUCUUCCAUCGCUGGCCAGGCGGGGGCGACACUGAGCACCCUGGUGCAGAGGGGUCAGGAGCUGGCGAGGAAACUGCAGGCUCUGCAGGUGGACCGUGGAGAGGUCACCUGCUUCAAGUUCCUCAUCCUCUUUAACCCAGACGUGAAGUUUCUGGAAGGGCAGCAGUUCGUGGAGAGCGUACAGGAGCAGGUGAAGGCCGCUCUGCUGGAGCACACGCUCAGGAGCCACCCGCGCUCCCUGGACCGCUCCGCUCAGCUGCUGUGCGCCCUGCCGGAGCUGCGGGCCCUGAGCGCGCAGGCCGAGGAUUACCUGUGCUACAAGCACCUGAGCGGGGAGGUGCCCUGCAACAGCCUGCUCGUCGAGAUGCUGCACGCCAAGCGGCUCUGCUCCUGA